AUGACCAAGAGCCUGGUUGUUUUGGGAAGCUUUGGCUUGCCUGGAACCUUUUUUGGAGGAACAAAACCAAGAUCCCAGCCCUUACAUGAGAUUCCAUUCAAGCUGGGUCUAAACAUAGAGCCGCUAAUGCAGACAAAUGACAAAGAGAACGAACCCUGGACCAGCGUUGCCAAGCAAGGUUGGAACAGACAUGGAUGGGAAGGGCAAUUCCCGCCGCGAGCUCUGGAGCAAGAGAAGAAGCAAAUGAAGCCAUAUUUCGACCGACGACUGGCAAAAGACCCUAAAAUGCAGCUUGGAUUGAUCCCUGGUGAUAGAAAUUUGGGAUAUCCUGUUUCAUGCCGGGGAGUCGACGGAGUUGAGACCAACCUCACGGCAGUUUGUUGUUUCGUACUGCAUCAUGUUCAUCAUGAAUCACAGGGGGCCUUUGCCUUUGCCUCCCACAGUGCAUUGACUGUACUGUGA